UUGUCGUGUAGUGAUGUGUAAGUAUUUUACAGGGUCGACAGAAAAUUACACGGUUCCCUGCUCAAUGGUUAUUGUUGGAAGACAAUCUACAGCCCUCAACAUGCCAGAAAUAACUACAAUACAGUAUACCCAUCAAGUGGAAGAACCAUCAUUGCCAGUCAUCAUGAAGAAGCAGGAGAAUCGUUUAGCAAGGUGGUACUUUGGGGGGAUGGCUAGUGCAGGAGCUGCCUGCUGUACUCACCCUCUUGAUCUGCUUAAGUUGUGUAGUACUCCAAGAGCUGCUUUAAUGACUGUUAGUCAACUCUCCAUGUAUGAUCAAAUCAAACAGUUACUCAUCCAAACAGGCUAUUUCAUCGAUAACCUAAUAACACACUUUGCAUCAAGUUUAUUGGCAGGUGCUAUAGCAACAACCAUGACACAACCUCUGGAUGUUUUAAAAACUAGAACUAUGAAUGCAAAGCCAGGAGAAUAUAAAAGCCUUUUUCACCUUGUAGCAGUAACAGCAAAGUUAGGUCCAUUAGGUUUUUUUAAGGGUUAUGUUCCGGCAUUUGUCAGAUUGGGUCCUCACACCAUCAUCACAUUCAUUGUCUUCGAACAGCUGCGACAGAAGUUUGGUUUUCUACCUCCAUCUAGGGAGUAAAUAAUCCUCUGAGUCAAACUUCUCAGCAAUAUUCAAAAAUCGCCGAAGUUGUGCGCCAGUAAUAUUAGAACUCUCUUUGGUCUUCAGAGUUAUGAUUUGAAAAAGUUGUUGUUGGUUUAUUAAGGAAAAACUAAUAUUUUUGAUGAGAGAUUAGUGUUUUAACUUUAGGUGCUUUUAAAAAUUAUUUAUUAUAUUUUAUUUAAGUAACUCAAGUCUAUUAGAUGUUUUUAUACUGCUUUUUUAGACAUUUGCCAUUUCAAGUACAUUUUUACCACGACUCAUGAUUACUGGCACUACAUAAAAGACAAUUUUUCAAAGUUCUUGUCAGUAUUGCCUUCACUAAAUAACACAACUGGGAGAAGAACUUUCAAAGAGGAGAUCCUUGGGAAUGUGACACAAAUAGGUAGAAAAUAAGUGUAAGGUACGUUGUACUCUGUCCUGGUGGUUCUUCGUUUGGAAGUCUCAACAUGAGAUAAGUCUAAGGUACAUUGUACUCUGUCCUGGUGGCUCUUCUUUUGGAAGUCUCACAUGAGAUAAGUCUAAGGUACAUUGUACUCUGUCC